AUGUCAGCAAUGGAUAUAGAUUCAAACGACGUCUCCACAGUCUUAGCCACCAUAAGACUGGAGCUAGAUAAUGCCGACUUGAUUUCCUUGUUUUAUCAAUUGGAAGAUUAUUACGAACGUAAAUUAUGGCAUCAAUUAACCCAACAAUUGGAUGAGCUUUACUACAACUUCAGCCAACAAGAUCAAAUCUCCACUGGGUUGAAACACAAGAUAUACACGCAAUUCAUUCAACAAUUUACCAUGAAGUUGAAUUUAAUUAAAGUGGUUGAUUUCUUGAUUGCUUCGGGAUUCAAUAACGAAACGACAUUGGAGAAGUUGAUCAACUUGAAACAAGAAUACAUCAAAUAUAUCAAACGCGAGAAUAACUUUAAGGAUAACGAAGAUGGCACUGAAGAUCCUGAUUUUAUUACACUUGUUGCCAAUGAUGAAUCAGUAAUUUAUAUUGAUUUGCAAAUCAGUCGUUAUUACUUGUACCUCAACCAAUUUGAACAAUGUGAUGCAACAAUGAGUAAAAUUGAACUGAAGUUUGACAACUUGAAUAAUGAUUUAAGUGCUAAAAUCAAUGCUGCUUAUUAUUUAACCAAAUCAAUCGAAUUUAAAUUACAUGAAAACUACAAUGCCUACUAUACCAACGGAUUAUUACACCUUUCUUCAGUACCUUCAUUAACUUCAGAAGAGAAGGUCAAGUUAUGUUAUGAUUUAUGUAUUGCGGCAUUGUUGGGUGAUAAAGUUUACAACUUCGGUGAGUUAAUUUUGCAUGAUAUCUUGCAAGAAAUUGCCUCCGAUGCAUCGCCCUACAACUGGUUAUACCAUUUGAUUCAUGCAUUGAAUGCCGGUGAUUUAUCAAACUUCAACCAUUGGUUAUCAAUUGCAUUUACUAAAUCACCUCAAUUGCUGCUGCAUCAAGUGUUUAUUAAGCAAAAGAUUAUAAUUAUGGCAUUAUUGGAAUUGAUUUCAACAAAAUCAACUACAAACAAACGCAUUAGUUUUAAGGAAAUUAGUGAUUUUACGGGAACGCCAUUGAAUGACGUUGAACAUUUGGUUAUCAAAUGCUUUUCAUUGAAGUUGAUUCAAGGGUACAUUAACCAAAUCGAUCAGGUCUUGGUGAUUACUUGGUUACAACCAAGAAUAUUGAAUUUAAAACAAGUUCACACCUUGUACACUCAUUUGGUUGAUUGGGAUCAUAAAGUUGAACAAUUGGGUAAUCUCGUGUACCAAAGUGGAGGAACAGUCUGGGCUGGUAUAUAA